AUGUCUGGGGCGCUGCUGCGCGCCGGGCUCAAGUGCGCGGGCGUCGCCCUUCUGCCGCUAGGCGCCCCACCAUCCUGGUCGUCGCUCCGCGCCGGACUCGGGGCGGCUGCGGCCGGCCAGCAGUCGCGGGGUGUGCUGUCCAUCGACGUUUACGACGACAAGGUGGACCGAGCGCUGGCGAUUUUGCGGCGCCGCGCGACGGAAGAAAAGUACGAAGAGAAGUGGCGGCAGAUCUACCACGAGAAGGGCAGCUUGAAGAGGAGAAAGAUGAGGAAGGAGGCGGAGUUCAAGCGGUACAAGGCGCAGGUGCGGGAGAGGAUGCAGUGGAUCACCAGACACAGGGCAAGGGGUUUCUGA